CGUAGCGGCGCUGCCGGGAUCCAGGGAGCCGCUCCCGCCGCCCCUCUCCGUACUGCGAGCCCCGACGGACGGCAGCCAGCAACCCCCUGGGCCGGAGUCUGCCCUCUGCCCAGUAGGACUUCAUCAAAAUGUCUCUCUAUCCUUCCCUAGAAGAUCUGAAGGUGGACAAAGUUAUUCAGGCUCAGACUGCCUUUUCUUCAAAUCCAGCUAAUCCAGCAAUCUUGUCUGAAGCUUCUGCUCCAAUUCCUUGUGAUGGAGGCUUGUACCCCAGAUUGUAUCCAGAACUUUCUCAGUAUAUGGGCCUGAGCCUCAAUGAGGAAGAGGUGCAGAGAAACUUAGCAGUGGCAGCAGCUGCUCAGCCACAGGGUCAACUGGUAACACGACCUUCUACUAAUUACAUGGUAGCUCCAGUGACUGGAAAUGAUAUUGGAAUUCGCAGAGCAGAAAUUAAGCAAGGCAUCCGUGAAGCAAUUUUGUGUAAAGAUCAAGAUGGCAGAAUUGGACUUCGCCUUAAGUCUGUUGAUAAUGGUAUAUUUGUCCAAUUAGUUCAGGCAAACUCUCCAGCAUCCCUUGCUGGUCUGCGGUUUGGGGACCAAGUUCUGCAGAUCAAUGGUGAAAACUGUGCAGGUUGGAGUUCUGAUAAAGCACAUAAAGUUCUGAAACAGGCUUCUGCAGAAAGGAUUUCAAUGAUCAUUCGGGACAGACCUUUUGAACGAAUUAUUACCAUGCAUAAGGACAGCACAGGACAUGUUGGUUUCAUAUUCAAGAAUGGAAAAAUAACCUCAAUAGUGAAAGACAGCUCUGCUGCAAGAAAUGGACUUCUGACAGAGCACAACAUCUGUGAAAUUAAUGGCCAGAAUGUAAUUGGGUUGAAGGACUCACAGAUUGCAGACAUCUUGGCAACAGCUGGAAAUGUAGUGACCAUCACUGUCAUGCCUUCCAGUAUUUAUGACUAUAUAAUAAAGAGGAUGGCAACUAGCAUCAUGAAGAGCCUGAUGGAUCACUCUAUUCCUGAAGUCUAAACUUGCACCAUGGAUGUGUGUGUACAUAAUGAUAAUUCCACUAAACUUGGGCUAUUAUACUCAGUGAUCUCUUUCUUCUGCACAUGAGCCUUUCUGGAGGCUGAGAGAAGAUAUGCUGCAUCAAGUAUUUGCAUCUAAUAAUGGCUGGGAAUGUCACUGUUCAACAUAUUUCGUGUAUUCACACACUGUAAAACUUGCAGCCUUAUAUGCUUGACAAUGUGAAAUUCCAACUGUGUUAUGACUUCUUUUCGUAGGUCUUUUAUUUAGCUUACUACUACUAUAAGCCAUUGCAACUAAAGGAACCAGGUAUCACUUGCAAAGCUACAUGUUGUUACCCAGGACAAUGCUGUGCUUUGUAUGUAGAAGAAAAAUGAGUAUUUUUACUGCUUUUGUUUGCAAGAGUAGAUUUGAAAUAGCAUAUUAGAAGUAAGACUAGUACUAGUUAAUUUUUUGUUCUAGUAAAUACUGUUUACACAAAAAUGCCACCUAGCUGAAUAUAGCUCAAGGCAUCAGUCAGUAAGUAAGCAUUAAUUAAAGUAGUGUACAGAUACUCAAAUCUUUUUAUUAUUUGUUAUAUGAAUUGUAACUAAUUUGCUUCUCUCUCGCCUUAACCAUGUUCUUUUAAGGAUUUAGACAUAACCAAAUAAAUGACCAAAACUUUA